UGCUUCUUGAUAUUACGCUAAAAGGAACAAAUAAUAUAUUAUUACUAAAAACUCGAUCAAAAUUAUUAAAAUGAGUCAACCAGUUGCUGAUAUUGCCCUUAUUGGGUUGGCUGUAAUGGGUCAAAAUUUAAUUUUAAAUAUGAAUGAUCAUGGUUUUGUUGUAUGUGCUUACAACCGUACAACAGAUAAAGUUAAAUCUUUUUUGGAAAAUGAAGCUAAAGGGACAAAAGUCAUUGGUGCAUACUCAUUAAAAGAAAUGGUAAAUAAAUUGAAAUCACCAAGAAGAGUAAUGCUUUUGGUAAAAGCUGGUAGUGCUGUGGAUGCAUUUAUUGAACAAUUAGUGCCUUUAUUGUCUCCUGGAGAUAUUAUUAUUGAUGGUGGUAAUUCUGAAUACCAGGAUACCAAUAGACGAACUAAGGAAUUAGAAGAAAAAGGAAUUUUAUUUGUUGGUAGUGGUGUUAGUGGAGGUGAAGAUGGAGCUAGAUAUGGACCGUCUUUAAUGCCAGGUGGAAAUCCUAAGGCUUGGCCACAUAUUAAACAAAUCUUUCAGUCAAUUUGUGCAAAAGUCAAUGGAGAACCUUGUUGUGAUUGGGUUGGGAACACAGGUGCAGGACAUUUUGUAAAAAUGGUACACAAUGGUAUUGAAUAUGGUGAUAUGCAACUUAUUUGUGAAGCUUAUCAUAUUAUGCGAAAUGGUUUAAAACUUAAUCCAGAACAGAUGAGUAAUGUUUUUAAUGACUGGAACAAAGGAGAACUUGACUCAUUUUUAAUUGAAAUUACUAGAGAUAUACUUAAGUACAAGGAUGAAAAAGGAUAUUUAUUAGAGCGAAUUAGAGAUACAGCUGGACAAAAAGGAACUGGAAAAUGGACAGCUAUUGCAGCAUUAGAUUAUGGAGUACCUGUAACUUUAAUAGGAGAGUCAGUUUUUGCUAGGUGCCUUUCUGCUUUGCAGAGUGAAAGAAUAGAAGCAAGCUCAGUAUUGGAAGGUCCUAAUGCUACAUAUCAAGGUGAUAAAAAACAAUUUCUAGAGCAUUUGAGAAAAGCUCUCUAUGCCUCUAAAAUUAUUUCCUAUGCACAAGGAUUUAUGUUAUUAAGAGAAGCUGCAAAGCUUUAUAACUGGAAUUUAAAUUAUGGUGGUAUUGCUCUUAUGUGGAGAGGAGGAUGUAUUAUAAGAAGUGCCUUUUUGGGAAAUAUAAAAAUAGCAUUUGAAAAAAAUCCCAAACUUUCAAAUUUAUUACUAGAUAGUUUCUUUGCUAAAGCAAUGAAAGAAUGUCAAGCUAGUGCUAGAAUAGUAGUAUCUGCAGCUGUAACAUUAGGCAUACCAACACCAGCACUAUCAACUGCUUUAGCUUUUUAUGAUGGUUAUAGAACUGCUCAACUUCCAGCAAAUUUACUUCAAGCUCAGAGAGAUUACUUUGGAGCACAUACUUAUGAAUUACUUGGUCAAGAAGGAAAAUUUGUACACACAAAUUGGACUGGACAUGGUGGAAAUGUAUCUGCUUCUACAUAUGAUGUGUAGAAAUUGCUAAUACAAUUUUGUGGUGACAAAAUGUAUAUACAACUGAAGUUAAUAUUACAAUUGAAGUUAAUGUUAUUAAUGA